CGCGAGGGUUUGUGGGAGUGGGCGCCAGCUGACAGCUGUGCUCUGGACGCCGGUCGAGGUGGCACCUCCGCGCCCAGUUAACUGCUUAAUCUCACCAUGUUCUAACAAUGUUGGAUGUUUCUACAUGUAAACAUUGAACUACAAACGUGGCCUUAGAAGAAAAAAGUGGGCCAUCUACUUGAAAUUCAGCUGCCUAAUCGGAUAUUAACAUCCUAGAAAAACCAUUCUGUUAACAGCAGUGAUUCUGUUUUCUAAAAAGAGUUGAACUUAACAUCAUUAUGGAUCAACAGAUGACUCCAACCAUCUUACUGAGUGUGAUGGAUAAUAUACAAGUAUCUGAAUUGGAAGACUCAGUUCUACAGAGUUUAAUAACGCCAAGCCCACGAAGUGAAAUGGUUGCCCAUGAGUUCCAAGAGCUUACGUUACAGACAAAUCCACGCCUACCUCCUUUGAAUGAACGGAAGAAUGUACUUCAAUUAAGGCUACAACAAAGACGAACAAGAGAACAGCUGGUGGACCAGGGAAUCAUGCCACCAUUAAAGAGCCCAGCUGCAUUCCAUGAACAGAGGAAGAGUUUGGAACGAGCAAGAACUGAAGACUACCUGAAACACAAAAUACGAAGUAGGCCAGAGAGGUCUGAAUUGGUCAGAAUGCAUAUAUUAGAAGAAACCUUGGCAGAGCCUUCUCUGCAAGCCACUCAGAUGAAACUGAAGCGAGCCAGACUGGCAGACGAUCUGAAUGAGAAAAUUGCUCAAAGACCAGGUCCUAUGGAACUUGUGGAAAAGAACAUUCUCCCUGUUGAUUCUAGUUUAAAGGAAGCAAUUAAAGUAGGACAAGUCCAUUAUCCCAAAACCUUAGACACCUUUUCGUUUGAUGAAGACAGCAGUGAUGCCUUGUCUCCAGAGCAGCCAGGGAGCCAAGAGUCACAAAGCUCGGCUCCCUCUCCAGUGGAACCCAAAGUGAACGAUUCACCAUCUUCCUCAUCCUCACCUGUUCCAAACACCAUUAUUCAAUACCACCCACAGCCAAUGCCUGACUUCCUGAAACCUGCCCCUCUAACUGACCAACAAAGUAUGCGUUCUGUAACUAUCACACUAUCUACAAGUACAGCUUCCUCAACAAAGACAACUCCAACCCUAGUUAAGCAAAGUCAAUGCAAAAGUGCAAAUGAUAAGAACCGCAGCAAGAAAAACAAGGAUCCAAAACCCAGGGUGAAGCAGCUCAAGUACCACCAGUAUGUCCCACCAGACAAAAAACAUGAGAAAAUUGAACUUCCCAUGGAUACAAACUAUUCCCGUCUCCUGCAACAGCAGCAGCUUUUCCUCCAACUGCAGAUCCUAAGUCAACAACAGCAACAUUACAACUAUCCAGCCAUUCUCCCUGCACCACCAAAGUAUGUAGCCAAGUCCAGAUCAUCUAAUGAUAACCAGAAAUCCAGCAAUCUAUCCACAUCAACUACACUGAUUAACAGCACACAGACAUUGUCAUCGUCAUCACAUGCCACAAGACCCAUCAGCACACCAUGCAGAAAGCUGGGAAUCCUUCCUCCUAACUUGGAUGAUAUGAAGGUGGCAGAACUCAAGUUGGAACUGAAGCUGCGAGGACUUCCAGUAUCUGGUACUAAAGUCGACCUUAUAGAGAGACUGAAAUCAUAUCAGGACCUUAGCAACACUCCUAUUGCUCCGGCUGUAGUAACAAUCUCCACCUCUCCUGUUACAAGAAAUCAGACAACUUCGACAUUUCCUAGUGCUGCUCUUAGUAGUGCCACAGUGACCACAGAGGCAGCCAUUACAGCAAUGUCAAACAGCUUACAAUUUCAUGAGAAUUCAGUCUCCCCAACUCCCAACUCGCCAGCUCCUUCAGAACAAUCUAAUUUGAGUACUGAUGAUAGCAAUCUCACAGAUAUGUUUACUGAACUGGUGACCAUGGUGUCUCCUUCACAACUUGCAAUCCACACUUCAUCUGCAAAUAUGACAGUUAAUGAAGACAGCGCAGGGGUGAGCAACACUGCAAGUAAUGCUACUGUUCAAGGUGUUGAUUUAUCAAAUGCAGAUACCGAUGUAACAGAGAAGGACCGUAAACUGCAGGAGAAGGAGAGACAGAUUGUAGACCUCAAGAGGAAGCUGGAGCAUGAACAGAAGCUGGUGGAAGAAUUGAAGAUUCAGUUGGAAAUUGAGAAACGGUGCCAGCAUCAGCAGUCUGUGACUGUGAAUCAGAAACAUUUGAACUCUUCAAUAAAAGAAGAAAACACUCUUUCCAAUUAUCCUAAUUCAGGGCAGCCCACGGCUGUUCCCAACCUAUCCUUAGGCCUGCCAACCAUUACUAAUGCUGGGACACAGAGCCAGAAUUUCUUAAAAGGACAUACCUUACUUGUGAAACAAGAAGGGCCUGUGGUGACUAUUGAGCAACAGAAUGUGGUCCCACAAUUUUACGUAAACCCAACAAGACAAGCGCCAACUACAGUUAUUGCUCAGGGCCAGCCUCAUGCUUUAGUGACCACUCAGACAGGAACUGAGAUUUUGCUCCCAUUGGCUAUUCAAGCACAGAAUUCAAAUCUCUGCAGCAACUCUCUGCAGUUACAAACAAGACUUGUUAAUUCACAGUCCCAUUCACAAGUCCAAGCACCUGUCCCUGUGCCUGUCCCUACAUCUGCACCUGCACAGGCUUCAGGCUCUCCAGAGCAACCACAAACACAGGAUCCUGUGCCUCAACAUAGUUUAACCCAGAAUGCACAGAUGAGAAAGGCUUUUACAUCCACAUCAACACCAAAUGUGUUUCCUAGCCACAUUCAGACAGCAGCACCAAUGCAACAGUGUUUCAUAAACACUUCAGCGGGCAAUGUGUGUCAACCAAGGACAAGCAGUAUAAAUACUCUUCACAAUGGACCCACUUCUACACAAAAGUCUGGACCAUCUACUUCACCUUCUCAGUCCCAGCAACCAUUUACAAUCCACUCCCCAGUCUUUAGUAACUCCGUUUCAAAGACAAAAGAUCCUCCUCGGUAUGAGGAGGCAAUCAAGCAGACUCGCAAUCUUAAACAGCAGGAGGUUUUCAAUGCACACAGUCAGCAGAUGGAUGACCUUUUUGAUAUCCUAAUUGAAAGUGGAGAGAUUUCACCAAUUAUCAAGGAAGAAUCAUUGCCUGCUGCUAAGAUGAGAGCUGUUGUAGCCAAUAUCUCCUCCUUGCCUGUAAACUCAGCAUUGUCUCGACCACCACCAAGAAUUCAGAUGGCUCCUCUUCCAAUGUCACUAGAAUCAACAAAUAAUCUCACUAUUAGUACAGAAAAUCAACUGGAGGCCUUUCUGGAUGAUACAUUGUCAUCUGGUGGCAAUACUUCUCAAAUGACGGUCAACCAGGAGAACUCAGAUUCCCUUGCUUUAAUGGAGGACCUUCAAAAUGAUCUACUGAAUACAUCCAGUAUUCUGGAUCAACAUCAUUCUGUAAUGGACCCCUGUGAUGUGCAGUUCUCUGCAGACAGUUCUUGCCUGAACUUGGACCUCCCCGACACUAAUUUGGACAAUAUGGAUUGGCUGGAUGUGACAAUGCCAGGUUCAACUACAGGACUCACUCCUGUUAACAGUGCUGCUCCUAGUGUGUUUUCCACUGAUUUUCUGGAUGGUCCUGAUCUUCAGCUACAUUGGGAGUGAUACAACUAGACUUCCAAUACUCAAGCAAAAAGAGUAUGCUUUCUUAGUGUUGUGUGUCAAUCAUCUAGCAAUGGUUAGUACUCCAGUAACAAGACAAGCCAAGAUGAGAUUAUCCAGUAUGGUCCACUUGAAUGUCGGCAGAAAGAAUGAGUGAUGAAAGAAAUGAUAAUUCAUGUCAAACUGGCAGUCUCAUAGUCUAGCCAUAUUAAGACUACUUAUUUUUAUGUCACAUUUAUUCUAGUGUCAGUGGUUAAUAAUUACUGUUGAAAUUGAAAAGAAUUUCUUCAUGCAAGUUCGCUUUUCUGUGGGUGGCCUGAGCCAAAGUGCAUGGUAUUGUGGAGUUUAUUACACUGGCUGGUUCAGUGAAUUCUUAUCAGUCUGCGUGAAAUGUUUCAUUCUUUUGAAGCAAGAAAUGUUUUUGAACUAAUUAACCUUUUACUACUUUGUACAUUUUGUUUUAAUGCUCUUUCUGCAAUAUGCUCAUCAUGUUAUUGCAUUAAGAUGAUAAUUGCCCAGAGCCAGGGCAAAGCUAUUGUUUAUAACGACCAGGGAGACUAAAACUAUGGCAUCUUGGGAGUUUGUGUAGUUUUUUUGGGUCACUGAUUAUUCUGCAAAUUAAGUGAAUGUCAUUUGUCAGAGGCUCUUCUGUUUUUAUGCAAGCAGAUAACCCAUGACGUCUCCAGUCUGUACAUUUAAUACUAAUUAAUUAGGCUGUGAUUUCAGCUUUCUGCAAGUCAUUCUGUCAACUUUCAUUUCUUGUCAUCUUCAUCAGUUUGUAAGAUGGAUAGCAUGCUUGACCCUCUGUAACAUUUAACCAAGAUAAAAUGAGUUAUUUUAGUACCACUUUUCCCACAUUUUCUAAAGUUUGGGUCUAUUGAACCAAUUGUAAGGAUUCAACAUUAUUUACAUCCUUGACCUGUGCUUUUAAACAUACUGACCCCACUGAGUCUUCAAUGGAGACAGUACCAAACUAAACAAAUGUGACAGUGUGUUAGUGCUAACUUAAUACAUGCUUGUGUAUUUACCAAAGUGUGGUAGUUUAACAAUUAACUUUUAAGAUGCACCUUCUGGGGGAAAAAUUGGGAGAGCCUUAUUUUUAUAUAGGAAUGAGGGAUUAAAACACCUCAUUAUUGGCAUAUAAUAUCCCCCUUAUUGGGGAUGAGGCUUUGUUUGCUCCCCAGAUAAACAGGAUUUGCCAAAUACUUGGUAAGUGAAAACAAGUGUAAUGCUAUAAUGCAAUGUAAUACUUUGACAUGUUGUGUGUCCUUACAAAGGAAUUGAUGUUCACUAUUUAGCCAAAGGGUUUUUAAAUAUAGAAGGUACAGAUUUUAUAAAUCAGAGAAAAACUGCAGUUUUAAAAAUUAAAGCAGGGGUUACAGUUUUGAGAAGGACUAUAUUUUCUAUAUUUUACAAGUAAAUUAAAUUAAUAAAUUUAUAAAUACAAAAGGAAAUGCCUUUACCAGGAGAGAUAUCUAUCUGCCCUUCAAUAAGUUUUCAGAUGAAUCCAUUAGCAGAUUAUGUACUGAUGAUUCAUGUAAUACUGAUCAAAUUAUGCCUUUAAUAAUGGUUUGUAUCAGGGUUAAAUAUUAGGGAUGGGAAUUUAGGAUUGUUUUGUCUUCUGAAAUGUGCUGCAAAAUACAAUUUAACAAGUCACAGGUUUGAAUGUAUAUGUUUAAAGUACUGAUGAUUCCCACAGUGAGUCUUUAUUCUUGUUGCAUUGGGAUUAUAUUUACAUUGGGUUGUUGACUAAGCCCAUUGUCUAGAUUUAUAACUACAUUUAGAAAUUAAACUAAAAGCACAGAAAUGAUUGAAAGCCAAAAGUUUAAAUGCCACAGAAUGUCUUGUCAAAGGAACACUCAUUAUCAGUUUUUCCUGUAUAUUUUGCAUACCACUGAAAUUUGAGGUUGGUAAUGUGAUAAAUAUUACUGUUCAAGAAAUAUGAACCACUCUUAAACUGCACUUAGUACCGCCAUAAUUAAGGCAAUUCUUUUUGUUCAACUUAGAACUCGAUGUCUUGCUUUGUGCUUGGUAACGUUAUCCCUCCCACCCUAUUGCCUUUUGCCUUUACACAUGCACAUGACCUUUCAUAGGAAAUCUGCUCCCAUUUAAUUCGCCAGUGUUGCACUUAAUCAGCUUUAAGAAAAUAAAAAUUCAGGUAACUAAAUCCGCCGGAUUCCUUGCCCAUCAUUUAAAGAAAAAGACCAGUCUAAGACUUUAAUAAUAGCACAACUUAUAUUAUGGAUUAAUGUCCAAGAUGCAAAUUGAAAUUGCAACGCAGGCAUAAUGGAUAGAUUGAAACACCAAUAUGCUAUGUUGAUGCACUACCACACACAUUUAAUGAAAGUUUCCCCAGUAAAAGUAUGACUUAAAAGCCAAAGAAUAGUGUGUGAUAGUAUUACAUAAAGGUAGAGAUCAAGGAGACCUAAUUACACAUUGACAUCAUGUUUGGAUAGAUGACUGGUAUCCAUCUGAAAAAGAUAAUAGGUUGGUAGUCUUGCAUGCCUGUGUUAAGUAAGGUUCAAUCUUUGAAAGAAAUAUGAAGGGUUCUUAUACUUUGGUGAUGAAAUGUAUUAAAGUUGUAACGGAUUAAUCCCCUAAUGCAGUUACAUUAUAAAUUCCAUACAAGAUCAUUUAUUAUUUAUAAAUUAUUAACCAUGAUUGACCUCCUGAUUUAGAAGGGCUACAGUGUCCAAUUAUUUGCGAUUCCACACAGACAUGCCACAUUUUAGCCAGAAAUGAAUCCAAAUUACAGCAGCCUGCUAUAAUUCCAAAUAGCAUUUUAUUUUUAACCCAUGCUGAAAUAAAAGUUUGCCAAUUAGAAAUCAAAUUGUAGACAAACAUGCAGAAAAUUUAGUGUAUCUUUGUUAAAAGUAUAAAUAUACUAAACUAUAAUUCUGUAUAUGGGCAGCUUCAGGAAUUUUGAGACUGGCUAAAACAGAAAGUACUGACCUACACUCCUUUAAAUUAAACUAUAAAUAGCUUUGAUAAUCGAGCAGUUACCAAAGAGAAAACAAUGCAUUUUAUCCCUUUUUGAGUUUUAAGUGCAACUCCAUAACUGAAUGACCCCUCAUAAAAAAAUUCAUAACCUUACUUUGUUAGCAUCUCAGUUUAGUUUGAAAUUGGUUAAGUUUCCAGAAUUGAAAACUUGUAUGUUUUAGCACUAGAUAUUUGAUAUAGCAGAUGGAGGUUCAGGAAAAUAGUGUGUUUGUCACUAUCAAACCAUUAUGCCUUUUUCAAUACUGUUUGCACCCAGUGAAAUUCCAUAUCAUGUUCAAAUUCAUGUUUGCACAUUUGUAUAUAGGUGAUGCAUAUUUUUAUAUGUGUAGUACAUUUAUUGACGAGCUUUGUAAAUAUUGGCAGUGUUGUAGUUACUAAUGACAUGUAUCAGCAAUUUUGCAUUAUUGCUGUUUCAAUAAAAUGUUAUUGUCCUGUGA